AUGGAGGAAGAUGGAUUGUUAGAAGUGGAUUUAGCAAUCAAGGAAACCAAGAACCAAGAUGAAGAAGUAGUACUGAUGCCUGUUAAAGAGAAAGAAAAAGUUCCUAAACCAAUCAUCAAACUUCCUUACCCUCCGAGACAGAAGAAGAAAGAUCAACAUGAAUUUUUUUUUGAGAGGUUCUUGGAAAUGUUCAAAAAGCUUGAAAUAAAUAUUCCAUUUUCUGAGGCGCUAGAACAAAUGCCAAUAUAUGCCAAGUUCAUGAAAGACAUCAUCUCCAAAAAGCGCUCCACUGAUAUAGACCCAAUCAUCUUGACUGAAACAUGUAGUGUCAUUCUUCAAGGUAUGAAAAUCCCAUUGAAAAAGAAAGAUAGGGGAUCAGUUACUAUUCCCUGCAUUAUUGGUGAUAGAAAAUUCAAGAAGGCUCUGAUUGACUUGGGAGCAAGUGUGAGUUUGAUGCCACUAUCCAUCUACAAGAAAUUAGGCCUUGGUACCGUUCAAGAUACUCGGAUAACGCUUCAGUUUGCCAAUCGCUCUAUUAGGCGACCGUAUGGAAUAGUGGAAGACAUUCUGAAAGAUGCCAGCAAACAAAAUUCGAUCCUGAAUUGGGAGAAGUUCCAUUUCAUGGUAGGUGAAGGGAUAGUAUUGGGACACAAGAUUUCCAACCGAGGCAUCGAAGUAAGCGUAGCAAAAGUGGAGGUGUGGGACGAUCCAUUCUUGUACAAAAAGGGAAUAGAUGGGUUGGUGCGGAGAUAUGUUCCGAAGGAAGAACAAAGGGACAUCCUUAGAGCUUGUCAUAACUCAGAAUAUGGAGGACACCUUAGCGGAGAUAGAACAACAACAAAAGUCCUCCAGUCUGGACUGUACUGGCCUACACUGUUCAGAGAUGCACAAGGGAUAGUGAAAGAAUGCGACAGAUGUCAGAGGACAGUUGACUAUGUGUCAAAAUGGGUGGAAGCCGUAGCAUUACCCACAAAUGAUGAUAAAGUGGUGAUCAAUUUCCUAAAGAGUUACAUCUUCGCUCGGUUUGGGGUACCAAGGGCACUAAUUAGUGACGAAGGUACCCAUUUUCUAAACAAGCUGAUGGAGAGCCUGUUAAGGAAAUACAAUGUAAAGCAUAAAAUCUCCACACUGUACCAUCCUCAGACAAGUGGACAGGUUGAAGUAUCGAAUUGGCAGAUAAAGCAAAUUCUGCAAAAGACAGUCAGUGUAUCGCAAAAGGAUUGGUCAAUCAAGCCAGAGGACACACUAUGGGCAUACAUGACAACGUUCAAAACUCCCAUAGGUAUGUCCCCUUACCAACUAGUCUAUGCUAAAGCUUGUCAUUUGCCACUCGAACUCGAGCACAUGGCAUUUUGGGCUACCAAAUUUCUAAACUAUGAUCUUUCUAAAGCGGGUAAAUCACAGAUUCUUCAAUUACAAGAGCUAGAAGAAUUCAAAAAUUGA